GGAAUGGUAGCUGAUGUGCAGUUUGGUCCUAUGAGAAUUCAUCAAGAUCAACUUCAGGUACUUUUAGUGUUUGCCAAAGCAGACAGCCAGUGUAAUGGGUUCCGAAAGGCAUGCGAGAAGGCAAAGUUCAAGUGUACAGUCGCUAGGGAGCCGAGGGCUGCCCUUGACUGCUUCCUGGACAACCUGCAUGACAUCGUUGUCAUCGACCACAGAAAUCCCCGGCAGAUAGAUGCGGAGGCCCUGUGCAGGUCUAUCAAGUCAUCAAAGCUCUCAGAAAACACAGUCAUUGUUGGUGUAGUUCGCAGGGUGAACAGAGAAGACCUGUCUGUGAGGUCCUUCAUCGCUGCUGGCUUCACAAGGAGGUACACAGAAAACCCCAGCAUCAUGGCCUGCUACAACGAGCUGCUCCAGCUGGAAUUUGGGGAGGUGCGGUCCCAGCUGAAGCUCAGGGCCUGCAAUUCAGUAUUCACUGCAUUAGAGAAGAGUCAAGAUGCAAUUGAAAUUACAAGUGAAAACCAUGUCAUACAGUACGUAAAUCCCGCAUUUGAGACAACAAUGGGCUACCAGUCAGGUGAACUAAUAGGGAAGGAGUUGGCUGAAGUACCUAUAAACGAAAAGAAGGCAGACUUGCUGGACAGAAUAAAUUCCUGCAUCAGAAUAGGCAAGGAGUGGGAAGGAGUUUACUAUGCCAAAAAUAAAAAUGGAGACAAUAUACAACAAAAUGUGAAGAUCAUACCCGUGGUGGGGCAGGGAGGAAAAAUCAGACACUAUGUGUCCAUCGUGUGUAAUGGCACCAGCAAGACUGAGGAGAUACAUGAAUGCGUGGCGCCUGACAGCCAGACAGGUGGUCAUAUGAGCAACUGGAAAGACAGGAGGAAGAGCUCUCUGGACAUCAGAUAUGCUGGCUCUCGAACAAAUGAAGCGUACAGCGAGAGGCGACACUCCUCCCUGGCCCGGAUGCAUUCCAUGACCAUGGAGGCACCCAUCACCAAGGCCAUCAACAUUAUCAGCGCAGCCCAGGAGAGCAGCCCCAUGCCUGUGACGGAGGCCCUGGACCACGUGCUGGAGAUCCUGAGGACCACCGAGCUGUACUCGCCGCAGUUCAACGCCAAGGACGAUGACCCUCACGCCACCGACCUUGUGGGGGGCUUGAUGUCUGACGGUCUGCAAAGAUUACCAGGGACUAAUUAUGUUCUUGGAACAACAACUUUUCAGCAGGGGGCCCGCAGUCCUGCCACCCACUCCUCCCUGCAAGACCUCCCGUCACGGAUCGCACAGGCCGUGGAAGAUGAAGAACACUGGGACUUUGAUAUCUUCCGACUGGAGGCUGUCACGUACAAUCAGCCGUUGGUUUAUCUUGCUCUCAAAACCUACGCUCGCUUCAGAAUCUGUGAAUUCCUAAACUGCUCUGAGUUGACCCUGAGGGCGUGGCUAGAAGUUAUCGAGGCCAAUUACCACAAGGACAACCCCUACCACAACUCCACCCACGCGGCUGACGUGCUGCACGCCACGGCCUACUUCCUCUCUAGGGAGAGGGUAAAGGAAGCUCUGGACCCAGUGGACGAGGUGGCUGCGCUCAUCGCGGCCACCAUUCAUGACGUGGACCACCCUGGGAGGACCAACGCGUUCCUGUGCAACUCGGGGAGCGAGCUGGCCAUCCUGUACAACGACAUCGCCGUGCUGGAGAGCCACCACGCCGCCCUGGCCUUCCAGCUGACCGUGGGGGACGACAAGUGCAACAUCUUCAAGAACAUGGAGAGGAGCCAGUACCGCGUGCUGCGCCAGGGAAUCGUGGACAUGGUCCUUGCCACGGAGAUGACGAAGCACUUUGAGCAUGUCAACAGAUUCGUCACCAGUGUCACGCAGCCCCUGGCAUUGCUCAUGGAGAAUGAGGAGAUGGGUAAGGACCAGGAAGCCAUAAGCGCCAUGCUCAAGAUGCCGGAGAACCGCAUGCUCAUCAAGCGGAUGAUGAUCAAGUGCGCGGACGUGUCCAACCCCUGCCGGGCCCUGGAGCUGUGCAUCAAGUGGGCUGCUCGCAUCUCCGAGGAGUACUUCACCCAGACGGAUGAGGAGAAGCAGCGGAACCUGCCGGUGGUCAUGCCCGCCUUCGACCGCAGCACGUGCAGCAUCCCCAAGGCGCAGAUCUCCUUCAUUGACUACUUCAUCACCGAGAUGUUCGACGCCUGGGACGCCUUCUUGGACCUUCCUGACCUCAUGCAGCACCUGGACAACAACUUCAAGUACUGGAAAGGCCUGGAUGAGAUGCAGCUGCGGACCCUGCGGCCACCCCCCAAGAACCCCGGAAAACCCUGAGCAUCCCCAGAGCCCCUAGCGGCUCCCCUGAAAGCACGGGGACAGCUGCAGCCUGUGGCCACCAGCCCAGGCUCUGCAGGGGCGCUGGAGCCCACGGGAGCAGUUCCUGCUGGACAAGGCGACACCGGCCCCGCCACCGGCCCCACGCAAGCGCAUGGAGGGUGCUUCUCCACACAGCAGCACACUUCCAAAUUGAUUAGUAUCAUACCCAUAAAAUGUUUUAAUUUAUUAGUUCAAUAUUUUCUAUGAAUU